AGACCCAAUGAUUGACACUUUUAAUUUCCAAGAUUAUAAAUUGACGACACAAAUUGUGAAUUUCUCGAUGGCUAAAACCAAUUGCUGGUGGGUUAGACACUGCAAAUUUAUUUUUUUAGUAAUUUUAGAACUCAGGAUCGAACAGAUAAAACCAGAAAGGUCAAUAACUGGUACGCCUGCCUUACAGCAUGAUUUACAGGCAUCAUCGAAGAUGAAAUCUGAAAUCGAAGUCUCUGACCGUUCGUGGAAACUGACUUUUGUUACGAUAAUUAUGAUUUUUUUCUCAGUGUGCGAAUAGGAUACAGCAUUCGCAAUCUGAUCACUCCAAUUAUUUGACAGGCUUCUAUAAAUAGUACCGUACUUGUGUCAUUGUGAUGAAAAAUGACACUUUGAAUUACGACACUCAAAAGAGAGAAUCGCGUUACACGACAGCGAGGGUUACGUUAAUCGCAAAACUAGCGAUUAAAUACACUUUUCGUAUCAGGAUGUUGCGCAACUCGACGCAACCCUUCGUUCGAUAUCACUUUUUGUCAAGUGGAUUAAUUCCAUUUCUCGAUUUGUAGUAAGAUACGUACACUAUAUUCUAGCUCUGUGUAAUACCCAAUGGCUGAUGAGCGUAUUGAGUUAGGUAACCGUUUUAAGCUAGACGUGGAACUAAAACUUGAAGUGUCUGAUCGUCAAGAUUUGCUUGCAGUACAGACUGCAAUGAAUCCAUAUCUUAUCGGUAAAAAAGUACAAAUCCACCCAGAAAAGGCGACCAUCGCAGAUUGCGCAUUCAUUCGACUGCGUGAACUCGGGAUGUUCAGACCGUCGAGAUUUUCUCAUAUCCGCAUGUGAAUGUCGUUCCAAAUUCACCUAAACACAGUAAAAAUCGGAAAUAUGUUUUGUUCUACGACCGGGAGUUGCUUAGUGAAAUUAAGUUGUCACCAUUAAAAUGACUACCAGAAUCAACCUUUGAAAUCAAGGUGAACUACGAUCUUCAGUUGCCAUAUCAGCAGUCUCCGGCCAACCCUCGUAUACCGGUGAUCUUAAUUGCGCAAUAGUUUUCGUUGAACAAACAGUAACCAUGAAGAGCACCAAGACCUCUCCACAAAUAUUGGCUGCCAUAACAAGCUCACUGAUCCUGGUAUCGGUCGGGUUUCACACCGGAUGGUCAUCACCAUCUUUGGCCAAAUUGCAAGCCGAGGACUCGGACAUCGAGAUCACAUCUGACCAAGGAUCAUGGAUCGCUAGUUUUAUGUACGUCGGUAGCAUCUUUGGAUCGGUCGUUGGCGUUCCAAUAGUGGACAGGUGGGGUAGGAAAAUGUCGCUUCUGGUAACCUCGGCGCCCUUGUUCAUCGCGUGUCUGCUGAUUGCUUUCGCAACGAAUUACUUGUGGCUGUACGUCGCUCGGUCCAUCGCCGGUUUCGGCGUCGGGAUAAUCUUCACAGCUAUUCCUAUGUACAUGGGUGAGAUCGCCGAGGACAGGGUGCGCGGGGGUUUCGGAAUUCUGAUAACCGUAAUGCAGAAUACCGGCUCCCUCGUGGCGUACGCGAUUGGUCCCUGGGUCAACAGAACCACCCUCGCAGCAGCUGGAGCUGUUAUACCGAUUCUUUACGUCGUGACUUUUGUCUGGAUACCCGAGUCUCCGUAUUACUAUGCCAUAAAAAAUAGCCCCUUCAGAACCGAAAAGAGUCUGAUUUGGCUCAGAGGAACCCCCGACAUUCUCGAGGAAGCUAGAAGUAUUGAAAAAAACGUAUCGAUCGAGAGUAACAGCGUGAGGACCAUGCUGGAACUGUUCACCGUCAGGAGCAAUCGAAAGGCGAUGGGUAUCGUCAUUGGGUUGCUGACUUUUCAACAGUUUUCUGGUAUAACAGCAAUAUUGGCUUACUCAACCAUCAUCUUCGAUGAAGUUGAUUCCGGGAUCAGUUCCAGCGUCUCCGUCAUCAUAACGGGGGUCGUUCAACUUGUGUUUGGCGUUUUGGCAUUAUUUUUAACGGAUAAAACAGGGAGAAAACCUUUGCUCAUCACCUCCAUGUCACUCUGCUCAGUUUUUUUAUUGGCUGAGGCCUUGUACUUUCAACUUCAAGCUGCCGGUUCUGACCUCACGGGAGUUUCAUGGCUUCCGGUCGUAGCAAUGGUUGGCUAUUUAAUCGGCUACGCGAUUGGAUUAGGAACCGUUCCAAUGGCAGUGAGCACAGAAUUUUUUCCGUGCGAGGUGAAAGCUUUCGCAAUCACCAUCGGUGCCAUCUACCUCUGUGUGGCGGGAAUUUGCGUUACGAAAUUCUACCAAGUCAUAAUGGAUUCUUAUGGUAUACACAUAGCGUUUUACGUUUUCGCAGCUUGCUCCGCUGUAGCUGUAAUUUUCACGGUGCUAAUGAUUCCUGAAACAAAAGGACGUUCGCUCAGCGAAAUUCAAGAUGAACUUCGACGAACACCAUGUUAUAAUAACCGACCAAGUGUAGAAUUAAUAAUCGUUCAGCUUAGAUGUUUCUUGAUAACGAUUAUAUAUCCACUAAAUAUCACUCUCCGCGUAUUUUCUGCAAUCGAUUUCCGGCACCAAAUGGAUUCAUCAAGAUCUCAAGACAAUGGAUUUCUGAAACCAAAAAUUAUACAGAAAUCGAAAAGUGCCCGUCAAAUCUUCGCAGCCGUAUCUGCUACUCUGAUCUUGAUUUCAAGUGGAUUUCACAUAGGAUGGGCGUCUCCGUCUUUGGCAAAGCUGCAAGCUAAAGACUCUGACAUCUUCGUCACGUCGACCCAAGGUUCUUGGAUCGCUAGUUUUCUUCUAAUGGGUAGUAUCUUCGGUACGAUACUUGCUCUCUUGGUGGUCGACAGAUGGGGCAGAAAAACGCUACUGCUUUUGAUGUCAAUCCCUUUAUUCGUUUCGUGCGUACUGAUCGCUCUCGCACAAACCUACUGGUGGUUUUACCUGGCACGGUUCACCGCUGGCAUUGGCAAUGGUGCUAUUUUCACUGGCAUGCCAAUUUACGUAAGUGAAAUUGCUGAAGACAGGAUGCGCGGAGCGUUUGGGAUCCUGGCUACAGUUAUGAUGAAUUUAGGAACCCUCGUGUCAUACGGAAUUGGUCCUUGGGUGAGCCGAGCUACUCUUGCAAUGGUUGGAGCUAUCGUUCCCGUUGUCUACGCCUUGACGUUUAUCUGGAUGCCCGAAACGCCGUACUACUUCGCGAUGAAGAGUGUUCACAAAAAGAGCGUUAAGAGUCUAAGAUGGCUGAGAGAGAUAUCCGACGUUACCGAAGAGGUGAAAAAAAUUCGUAUUAACGUGACGUUGAAGCGAAAGGAUGUCAGAUCGAUAACGGAGCUGUGCACAGUCAAGGGUAAUCAAAAAGCUUCCGGAAUCACAGCAAUUUCAGCUUACUCGACGAUCAUCUUCAACCAGGUGGACUCUGGGCUAAGUACCGGCGUUUUCAUAAUCAUAUUGGGAAUCGUUAAGCUGACAAUUGCCGCCAUGGUGAUCUUCUUGGCUGACGUGGCAGGAAGAAGACGUUUGCUUCUUGCGUCCAUAUCGCUGAGCACACUCUUCUUAUUCGCCGAAGCUGUCUACUUUCAUCUGCAAGCCAACGGUACCGAUUUGACAUCAGUCUCGUGGCUUCCACUGGUGGCAAUGAUUGCAUUUCUGAUCAGCUACACAUCGGGCAUGGGAACUAUACCGAUGGUCACAGCCGCCGAAAUAUUUCCCUGCGAAGUCAAAGCCUUAGCCAUGACUGCCGCUGUUACCUACAUGUGUGCGGCUGGAAUUUGCGUCACUAAAUUGUACCAAAUCGUUUCGGACGCUUACGGCAUUCACGUGGCAUUGUAUAUCUUCACAGUCUGUAGCACGGCGUCAACGGCUUUCAUAUUCCUUGUCGUUCCCGAGACGAAAAGGCGUUCGCUAAAUGAGAUUCAAGACGAACUUCACGGCGUCACGAAACCAAUGUUGUGAAUUAUAAUAUUAUUCACACGUAUAAUUUCGACUGAAACUUGUUAAGAAAACGAGCGAUGGUGUUGAAUCUAAUUGCGGAAGAACGUGAGAAAAGUGGACGAAACUUUACCUCAGUGGUCAUGGCCGGUAGCUUUUACGUUGUUGGUAUUAAGACCGUCACAAAAACCAUUUCUUGUACC